AUGGCUUGCAUCAAGGGGGUGGGCAGAUCCGCCUCCGUCGCUCUGGCCCCCGACGCUCCAUACAUGGCCGCCGGAACCAUGGCCGGAGCCGUGGAUUCGUCCUUUAGCUCUUCCGCCAAUCUCGAGAUCUUCAAGCUCGACUUUCAGUCUGACGAUCGCGACUUGGUACCGGUUGGGGAAAUCCCCAGCUCCGAGCGGUUCAAUAGACUCGCAUGGGGAAGAAACGGAUCUGGAUCCGACGAAUUCUCCCUUGGUAUUAUUGCCGGCGGCCUUGUCGAUGGAAAUAUAGAUCUAUGGAACCCGCUCUCUUUGAUCGGUUCCCAGUCCAGUGAAAAUGCACUCGUUGGACAUCUUUCGAUUCAUAAAGGGCCCGUCCGUGGUCUCGAGUUUAAUGCUAUCACCCCAAAUCUACUUGCUUCUGGCGCUGAUGAUGGUGAAACUUACAUUUGGGAUCUAGCAAAUCCUUCAGUGCCUUCUCAUUUUCCAGUUUUGAAGGGUAGUGGUUCUGCUACACAAGGUGAAAUCUCCUUUCUAUCGUGGAAUAGAAAAGUUCAACAGAUAUUAGCAUCUACCUCAUACAAUGGAACUACUGUUGUAUGGGACUUGAGGAAGCAAAAACCUAUAAUUAACUUUGCAGAUUCAGUUCGACGCCGCUGCUCUGUUUUACAAUGGAACCCCGACAUUGCUACUCAGAUAAUGGUUGCAUCAGAUGACGAUGGUUCACCUACUCUGAAGCUCUGGGACAUGAGGAAUACAAUGUCACCUGUGCGCGAGUUUACUGGCCACCAAAGAGGUGUAGUUGCAAUGGAGUGGUGUCCAAGUGACAGCUCAUAUCUUCUGACUUGUGCUAAGGACAACCGAACUAUUUGCUGGGACACAAAUACAGCAGAGAUUGUGGCUGAGUUACCUGCUGGCAACAAUUGGAAUUUUGAUGUUCAUUGGUACCCAAAGAUACCUGGCGUUAUAUCAGCAUCUUCAUUUGAUGGGAAAAUUGGCAUCUACAACAUUGAGGGUUGCAGUCACUAUGGGGCGGAAGAGAAUAAUUUUGGUACUGCUCCGCUAAGAGCCCCAAAAUGGUAUAAGCGCCCAGUUGGUGCAUCUUUUGGAUUUGGAGGAAAGCUUGUAUCCUUUCACGCAAAGGCUCCUCUGAAGGGUGCUUCGAGCAUUCCAUCUGAGGUUAUUUUGCACAGCUUGGUAACAGAACAGAGUUUGGUGAGUCGAACUUCUGAAUUCGAAGCUGCUAUAGAAAAUGGAGAUCAAGAUUCUCUAAGGGGUUUGUGUGAGAAAAAAUCUGAAGAGACUGAAUCUGAAGAGGAGAAGGAGACAUGGGGAUUGCUGAAAAUCAUGUUUGAAGAGGAAGGAACUUCAAGGACAAAGUUGAUCAGCCAUCUUGGCUUUAGUUUGCCUUCUCAGGAAAAGGAUCAGACCUCGUCCGAUCUGAAUGGCAUUGGAUUAGAAGAUACUGCAGCGCAUGCACCAGAGCCUGAGGAUACUAACGAGGCAGCUGCAUUUGCUAUGGACAACGGAGAAGACUUCUUUAACAAUUUUCCUGCUAAACCGGAUACACCUGUAUCUACAUCUGCCAAAGAAUUUAUGCCUCCUGACACAGAUUUUGCUGCCAAAGUAGAAGAAACUCAGGAAAUGCCAGAAGACGAGGAAGAAAGUUCUGAAACAGUAUUUGAUGAUGCCAUCCAGCGUGCUUUGGUUGUUGGAGAUUACAAGGAAGCGGUGGAUCAGUGUAUAUCUGCAAAUAAGAUGGCUGAUGCUUUAGUUAUUGCUCAUGUUGGUGGUACAGCAUUGUGGGAAAGUACUCGUGAAAAAUAUUUGAAGACGAGCAGUGCACCUUACAUGAAGGUUGUUUCUGCAAUGGUGAACAACGAUCUCACGAGCCUUGUCUAUACGAGGUCACUCAAGUUCUGGAAAGAAACACUUGCUCUCCUCUGUACUUUUGCACAAGGAGAACAAUGGACCAGCCUGUGCGAUGUCCUUGCUUCAAAGUUGAUGGCUGCUGGUAACACUUUGGCGGCAGUUCUGUGCUACAUUUGCGCAGGCAAUGUUGACAGUACAGUAGAAAUUUGGUCGAGGAGCCUUGCGAAUGAGCGUGAUGGAAGAUCUUAUGCUGAGCUUCUUCAAGACCUUAUGGAGAAGACUCUUGUCCUUGCUUUGGCAACUGGCAACAAAAGGUUCAGCGCAUCUCUGUGUAAACUCUUUGAGAGUUAUGCUGAGAUUUUGGCCAGCCAAGGGCUUCUUACAACAGCAAUGAAAUACUUGAAAGUUCUGGAUUCUGGCGGCUUGUCACCUGAACUUUCUAUAUUACGUGAUCGUAUUUCUCUGUCUGCAGAACCUGAGACUAACACCGUGGCUUCAGGCAACACUCAGCCUCAAAGCACCAUGCAGUAUAAUCAGGAGCCAACUCAGGCGCAACCAAACUUUGCUGUUAACCCAUAUGAUAAUCAGUAUCAACAACCAUACACUGAUCCUUAUGCUGCAGUACCAUCAAUGCAGCAACAAACAAUGUUUAUGCCUCACCAAACUCAGCCAGCUGUGCAGCAAUCAUUUACUCCAGCUCCUGUAAGCAAUGCACAACCAUCCGUGAGAACUACUUUUGUUCCUUCAACUCCCCCUGCACUGAAGAACGCAGACCAAUACCAGCAGCCAAGCAGUACUUCUCAUUCAUUCAAUGGACAAUUUAACAAUGCAUACCCCGUUCCCCCCGGUCCUAGUCAAUAUGUACCUUCUGGGUCUGGGCAAUAUCCUAACCCCAAGAUGCCCCAAGUCGUUGCUCCAGCAGUUGGACCCACAGUAUUUACGCCCAUGGCAAAUCAAGUAGUUGCCACAAGAUCUGUGCAACCAGCAAGUCCUCCAACACAGCAGGCAGCCGCUGCACCUGCAGCUCCGCCACCAACUGUUCAGACUGCGAAUACUUCCAACGUUCCAGCCCACCAGAAACAUGUGAUAGCAACGUUGACAAGGCUUUUCAAUGAGACAUCGGAAGCACUGGGAGGCGCACGUGCAAAUCCUGCCAAGAAGCGUGAGAUAGAGGACAACUCAAGAAAAUUAGGUGCUCUGUUUGUGAAACUCAAUAGCGGAGACAUAUCCAAGAAUGCUGCGGACAAACUCGCACAGCUCUGUCAAGCUCUGGACAACCAUGACUUCAGCGCAGCCCUUCAGAUACAGGUACUUUUGACGACCAGCGAAUGGGACGAAUGCAACUUCUGGCUGGCUACACUAAAGCGGAUGAUCAAGGCCAGGCAGAAUGUGCGGUGA